GGCGAGUGCCAUGGCGAUAUAUAGGCCCAAAUCCACUCACCUCUGCCAUCUAAGCAUUUUCCUCCACUAUCAACCACCAGCGUACAACCGCCACCAUGACUGCACAUACUGCCAACGGACAGAAGAGCGGUGACAUGUACCGUGAUUACAUCGACGACCGAAACUCAAAGGCGCAAGACACCCUUUACACCACGAGCAAUGGCGUGCCGUACCCACACCCGUACGAGACGCAGCGCGUCGGCGAAAACGGACCUCUGCUGCUCCAGGAUUUCCACCUGAUUGACCUCUUCUCGCACUUCGACAGGGAGCGGAUUCCAGAGCGGGUAGUCCACGCGAAGGGUUCCGGUGCGCACGGCUACUAUAAGACAACGGAUUCGCUGGAGGAUCUGUGUCUGGCAGACAUCUUCAAGCAAGGGAAGGAAUGUCCAAUCACCAUUAGGUUCUCGACAGUUGGUGGUGAAUCGGGGUCACACGACUGCGCUCGCGACCCUCGAGGGUUCUCCGUCAAAUUCCGGACCGACGAGGGAAACUGGGAUAUGGUCGCCAACAACACUCCCGUCUUCUUUCUUCGAGAUCCAGCGAAGUUCCCACAUUUCAUUCACACGCAGAAGCGUCAUCCCGCAACGCAUCUGACGCAUGCCGAUGACUCUACCAUAUUCUGGGACUACCUGUCCCAGAAUCCUGAAUCGAUCCACCAGGUCAUGGUUCUCAUGGGUGACCGAGGCAUCCCCGACGGAUAUCGGUUCAUGCACGGAUACAGUGGUCACACGAUGAAGCUUGUCAACAAAGCUGGCGAGUGGGUGUACUGCCAGUUCCACAUGAAGUCAAAGCAGGGAACGAAGUUUAUCACCCAGCAGGACUCCGCGUCUAAGUCUCCCGACUACUCCCAGAAGGAUCUGUUCUCCGCGAUCGAGCGUGGCGACUUUCCGCGGUGGGAUCUCUCGGUGCAGACGAUGACUGCGAAGCAGGCCGAAGAUCUCUGGGAAAAGCAGAAGAUUAACGUCUUCGACUUGACGCAUAUUUGGCCGCAGAAGCAAUUCCCUCUGCGUAAGGUCGGAGAAUUCUUCUUGAAUGAGAACGUCCAGAACUAUUUCGCCGAAAUCGAGCAGAUCGCAUUCAACCCAUCGCACAUGGUGCCGGGUAUCGAACCAUCGGCAGAUCCUGUCCUCCAAAGUCGUCUCUUCUCGUAUCCGGACACCCACCGGCAUAGGGUUGGCGUCAACUACCAGCAGCUUCCGGUGAAUUCAACGCGCGCCCCGUAUCGGAUGGGCAACUUCCAGCGCGACGGUAGCAUGGCUUUUUAUAACCAAGGUUCGCGACCAAACUAUCUCUCCUCGAUCGAGCCCAUCUCCUUCCGCCAGCGCUCCGUCAAUCUUGACAAGACCCAUGGCCACUUCAUCGGCGAGGCCGUCACCUUCUUGUCCGAGAUCCGACCAGAGGACUUCAAUGCCCCACGGACGUUGUGGGAGAAGGUGUUCGAUGAUGGCGCAAAGGAGCGAUUCGUUGGUAACGUCUCCGGUCACAUGGCCAACUGCUCGGACAAGGAGAUCAUCAAGAGGCAGAUUGGCAUCUUCCGCGAGGUCUCGGAGGAUCUGGCCUCCCGUCUCGAGAAGGCCACAGGCGUAAAGGGCUACCCGGGCAUUGCUGGCCUCCGCUUCAAUGGCACCCACAACGGCAUGGCGAAGGAUGCGAGCCUAAGGGCUGCGAAUGGAAUGACUGAGAAUGUCAGCUUGUCUGCGACGGACAAUAACGGAGCGCCUGUGAAGGGGAUGCAC